AAAGUGCUUCAAAGGCUUGUCACCAUGGCAACAACAAAUCGCAUACCCGGCCGUCGACAUCCUGUCUCCCAGGACGACGGUGGUCUGUGGAUGAAGAUGGACUUCAACCCAGUAAUGGAACACAGACAGAGGACAUGGGGCAAACCCUCACUAAAGCCUGGUGAGAAACCCCAAGCGGGCACCAAAGUCGUCCCCUCGGCCCCUGCAGUGAUGUUAAGGCACUAUGGCAACAGGAAUGAUGAGGGUGAGAAUGACGUCUUCAUGCCACCUCCUCCACCGCCCUACAUGGCUCCAUCACCGCCCACAGGGGGCAGCAGAGGUACAACUGAUCCUGAAGUGAAUAAGUUCAGUGUGACCGUUACAAAUGGGGCAGUUGGCGUCACAGAGGCUAAAGCAAAUCCCCAGGGCUUAGGGUGGCAUCAUGGUGAGAAGCAGUUAAUGGCAACACAGAACAAGACAGAUGAAGUGACAGCGAAUGAUAGGCUGACAAACCGUUCUAAGGAGGGUAUGGAUUCCAUAUCUCCAUCAGAAGAAAAGGGCUCUGCACCAUCAAUGCAACGGGACCAAACAACCAUGGAGAGCACCUGCAUUCUGCCAGAGACAGAAGGACACCAGCAGGGUAGCACAACAGGUCAGAGUCCAUGCACCCAGAAAUCAAAUCAGGGAUCUGAGGAUACUGCAAAGUUGAGUGAACAAUCAAGGUCCACACCGGAAAACCAUCCUGAGGAAAAUAACUUGGAGAGCAACAAAUACCCAAACCCAAAACAUGCACCUGCAAACGUCGAGGAAAGCGCUGGAAAGGAGACAGAUUAUGACGCGUCACAGACGGACAAAGACAAAACAAGAACAAAAAGGUCAAGUGAAUGUAAGGGUGAAUCUGAGGAUAUUUGUCAUCUUGCUGAGACGGACUCAAAACAAAAAACAGAAAAUAUUGACUGCAGCAGUGUGGAGACAAAUGUCGCGGCGCUGCCUCGUGCAUCUGAUAAUGAUUUCACGCCAAUGCAGGAAAAGACAUGCGGGCCACCGGAGCUCUGCAAAUGUGACCAAAACAAGACAGAACUAGCAGAGGGGACCAGUAAGGGUGAAGAGCAUGGUGACACUACCUGUAGGUCAAUAGCUACCGAUAUCCAACAGGGGAAGGAGCUGCUGCAACGUCUGCGAGUGGUGCAGGAGAGACAGGAUGAACAACAGUUGUCAGACUGUCCUCUGCCCUCACAGCAUAUUGUCCAAGAGACAUCCAGUCAGACAGCAAGAGAUAGGGAGGGCGAAAGGGGUGCGCUUGGGAUUGAGGAAGACGAUUUGGGAGCAGGAGGAGAGGCUCAGAGAAAUGAAACAGAGAAAGGAGAAAGUACAUUCAACGCUGACAAAAACCAGCAAGAGAAGACAAACAAAGUAGAGCAGGAAACCUCAACCGCGAAGCCUGCGCAGCCAAGCCACCAUAGGAUCGCCAGAGUGGAAGCAGAUUGCUCUGAAGAUGAUCAAAGCGACAGCGGGGUGUCUGCAGAUUUCUCUCCAGUCAACAGCCAUGAAAUACACUCAGCACACCGCCAGUUCUCAUCCACUGAGACCCCCAUGGUGAGGGAAAUCCACCAGAAGCACAACCUGCAGAGAGCAAGGGGUCUCCUUGACCUUGUAGAUGAUCCAGAUGUUUUGGAAAUUCCCUUUAAGACAAACGUACUGCCCAAGCUGUUGCUCAGCAAGGACGGUGUAGGUCAAAGCACUGACUGGCAGUUCUCAGAAGAGAAGAUGAAAAAAGAGAUAAGUCAGGAGAUUCGCAGAGAGCUAGUGCUGGUCAACCAAGGGAAGAUCCCUGGGGAAUAUAGUAAAGGGGCAAUCCUGCAGUUAAAGGAGACAAAAAUGCUGUUUGAGGCUUUCCAGCAGGAUAACACAGAGGGACCGACCAGGCACAGGAAACCCUCUCCUUCAUUGUUAAAAGAUCACAUUUAUCCCUCAGUUCUAGAGCGUACGCGCAGUCUGGAGAUGCUUUCCCAAAAACGACGCCCCGUUUCCAGAGCACAAUCUCUCAGGCAGUACAAUUGCACAACCUCUGAAAUGGAGGCACGUUCUGAAAACCAAAGAGCAAAAAGCCCAAGUGGGGUUUCACGGGACAAGGCACGUUCAGCCCCCUACCCAAAACAAGACAAGCACCUGCGCCUACACAGAAGCAUGGACUCCCUUAACAUCGAUGUCCCCGCCUCAAGUAUAGACAAUGAAAACCAAAUGGGGGAGAGAAAACAGAGUCUAGGAGCUCCUAUUCUCAAAGAUAACCCUUUUUUCAAGCUGCGCCCAGCCCUCUCUCUGAAGCCAGAAGUGGAGAAGGACAUCCAGGAGUCCAAGAAGAGAGAGGAGGAACUGCGCAGACAACGAUGCACUCUGUAUGGAGAGACCAGGCAACACGCCGUGGAUGAAGAGAGCUCAUCUACCACAGCUACACUCAACGUAACAGAUGUCAGACAGCAGCCCAAGGGGAAAUUGGAUCGGAUCUGGCCGCCACCCUCCAAGACAGACCAGAUGAAAUCUGGGCAGACACAGCAGGAGCCAAAGGUUCAGAGGCCAGGAGGUCAGAAGCUACCUCUGUGGCAGCGCUGGGAAUCCGGCCUGAUCAAUGGGCAGCCAUCAAAGGAAAAGGACUGACAAUGGCCAUCUUUAACAUUCCUAAUAGAAAACCUGUGGUCUACAACGGUACAGCCGCACAUUUUCAGCUGUGAAAAGGAAUCAGAAUGACCAAAGCUCUUGAAGUAGCUCCCAGCUGAAACGCUUUCUGGCUCUUCUAACUCUGCUUAGCAUCUGUGUCAAAUAUGCAUUUGCUCGCUUUUUUGAUAUCUUUAACCAUUAAUUUGUAGUUUCAUUCAGUUGAUAAAUAAAGCAGAAAGAUCAGUUCCAGACUUCUUUCCUUGAAAAUU